GUCACGCUGUUGUGUUGUGUUGUGUUGUGUUCUGACUGUCCUUAGUCUGUCACUGACACUGAAGCUGGGAUGAAUCACUUCGUCAGUCCAUCGUCGGUCACUUACAGCAGAUGGACAAAUCCAGGGCGACGGGGCGAGGUGGAUCUAACGGGUCACAGCGAUGAGUCGCAGUCCACGGACACUGAGAUCUGCACCAUCACCUCACCGAGGAUCACACGGUCUGCACCGGGCCAUGACGCCACAGACACUGAAGAAACCUUCACUGUGGAAGCUGCACUGGACGCCAUUGGUUUUGGGAUAUUCCAGUGGAAGAUGUCUCUCAUCACUGGACUGUCAUGGGUAGCCGACGCCAUGGAGAUGAUGAUCCUCAGCAUCUUGGGGCCUGAGCUGCACUGUGAGUGGAGGCUGCCCAGCUAUCAGACGGCUCUCAUCACAUCGGUCGUGUUUGUCGGGAUGGGCCUCAGCUCAUCUGCAUGGGGGAAUUUGUCUGACAAGUAUGGCAGGAAAACUGGUCUGUUUAUCUGUAUGAGCUGGACUCUGUACUACGGUGUGUUGAGUGCCUUCACUCCAGUGUACGGCUGGCUGCUGGUCUUGCGGGGCCUCGUAGGAUUCGGCAUCGGAGGAGCGCCGCAGGCGGUGACACUCUACUCCGAGUUUCUCCCAGCGAAGGCAAGAGGUAUCUGCAUCAUGCUGAUUGCGUCAUUCUGGGCAAUCGGUGCCAUGUUCGAGGUCCUCCUGGCUCUGUGGAUAAUGCCCAUACUCGGCUGGAGGUGGCUGCUCGGCUUGUCCACUCUACCCAUGGUCCUCUUUCUCUGCUUUUGCUUUUGGCUGCCGGAGAGUCCUCGCUUUGACGUGCUGAUGGGGAGAAGAGACAAAGCUGAGGCGACUUUAAGAUCCAUCGCCAAACAGAACGGCACGGUCAUGCCUCGAGGGACGCUGAUCGUCCAUAAACAGAAAAACCGUGGACGGAUCAGAGACCUCUUCAGCCCUCAGUACUGCAGGACCACUCUUCUCCUGUGGUUUAUAUGGUUUGCAAAUGCCUUCUGCUACUAUGGAGUCAUCCUGUUGACAACUGAAAUGUUCCAAGCUGGAGAUUCGUGUGGGGCGACCCAGGGGGCCAAGAUCGAGCCGAGCUGUAGUCUGGAGUGCAAAUAUUUGACAUCAGCUGACUACAAAGAUCUUUUAUGGACGACGCUGGCCGAAUUCCCAGGUCUCCUAGUUAUAAUUUUUGCAAUCGAGUAUCUUGGCAGGAAGAAGAGCAUGGCUCUGUGUUUCCUCAUGUUUUCACUCUUCCUCCUGCCCUUAUACGCUUGUAUUGGAAGGACGGCUCUUACAAUCUCCAUCUUCAUUGCCAGAGCCUUCAUCGCUGGAGGAUACCAAGUUGUUUUUGUGUAUACACCAGAGGUGUUUCCCACAGAAAACCGAGCCUUGGCGAUGGGGAUUGCCAGCACGAUGGCCAGGGUCGGCGCUUUAAUCACACCGUUUAUAGCACAGGUGAUGCUCAGAUCAUCCGUGAAUCUGACACUUGCUCUCUACUGUGGCUGCUCCGUGCUCGCCGGGGUCGCGUCCUUGUUGCUGCCCAUCGAGACGUUAGGCCGCGGUCUGCAGGAGUCCAGCGUCAACCAGGAGGCAACAGGUCAGACAACCGCCAUGACCAGUGAGGGGUCACAGUCCAGCAAAACCGUUUAGACUGAAGGAGGAACGGAAACAAACAUGGGGGAGAAAGGACGGAGUGUUUUACUUAUUGAAUGAUCACCUCCUAUGUGCGGCUGCUGUUUUCUCUUCACGACAGACUCAGUCAUGUGAGCGGAGAUAGGUGAGGAGCAACGACUGUCCAACGAGAGUGGAAGAAAACCUGCGUCUGCUUGUUUUGUUUAUCCUCUCUUCCAUUUAAGAAUGGAAAUAGGGAAUAUUUUUGGAAAAUGCACUUCCCAGACAAGAUAGAAAAAUUACAUUUUUUUUAUAUAUAUGUUUUAUAAUGUUUUACUUUGUUAUUUAUUAAAUAUGAAGCCCAAACACCUUUGAUGAUUAAAGUGGUUUGUUCUGCUGUA